AUGGAGCAAUCUCGAAGCAACGGAAUGCCACUUGAGAAAGUUGAUGCGUUUGAUUUUGAGAUGCUCGGGCCCCUAGCUGAGGAACUAAGGCUUGAUUCGGGAAGCGAAAGUGAGGACGAAUUUAUGUCGGUGGAAGAGAUACGUGCGGUCCUCGGAGGGUCGAAAGAUUUUGUCGAUGAGGAGGAGGAAAUACCGGCCGAAUCGUUCGACUGGUCUUGUGACUACGAGAUAUUUCGUGGUCGGCCUGAGCCAUACUUAAACGCAAGCAAUUGUGGCCCUAACAUUGAGGAAACAGAUCCUCUAAAGCUGUUCACUCAUGUUUGGGAUCAUAAUAUAAUGAGUUUAAUUGUGGCUCAGACCAAUGAAUAUGCGUGGCAGCAAAUUUCGCAGGCUGCCGAAUCCGUGGACGGGAUCUCUGCGAAUUCCCGAAUAAACGAUUGGGUAGAAACAACAACUGACGAACUUUAUAGGCUUUUUGGGCUCAUAAUGUAUAUGUCAAUCGUGGUAGCUGGACGAGUGGACGAAUACUGGAAUAGAGAAAUUGUGGCUAUCGGUGGUGGUUUUCAUAAAGUUAUGAGUUUAAAACGAUACUGGCUCCUCAUGCGUUUCCUGCACUUCGUCAAUAAUUAUAAUGUAAGUAUUUGUGGGUCUAAGAGGAAAGUUGCAAAAAUACAGCCCAUCAUAGACCAUUGUAACGUGAUUUUUGAUAGCAUGUACACGGCUCGCAGAGAAAUUUGUAUCGAUGAAUCGUUGCUGCUUUACAAAGGGCGUUUAAGUUGGAUCCAAUGCAUCCGUUCAAAAGCAGCACGAUUUGGAAUCAAAUUUUACGAACUCUGCGAAUCUAAAACAGGCUAUCUUUUAAAAUUUGAGGUCUAUACGGGCAAAGAAUAUCCACAGGCAGGGAGCUCUGGAGAGAACUCCUUGAAUGCGUUUACGAGCGCUAGUGCCAAGGUAGUGCUUAGGCUCAUGAAAGGAUUUCUUCACAAAGGUCACUGUCUUUUUAUGGAUAAUUUUUACAACUCUCUUCGUUUGGCACGAUUUUUAAAAUUUAAUAAGACUGACGUUGUUGGCACUUUAAACAGGCGAAGAAUUGGUACACCAGGGGAAAUAAAAACUCUCCUGGAAAAUAAAGUUCCAAGAGGAGCAGUGACAAGUAGACACUGCGGUGACGUAUCUGUCUUAUCUUGGAAAGAUGUUCGAUUAGUCACUACAGUGUCGACUUUUCACAAUGCCAACAUGAUGCCAGGAAGAAGAGCAGGCCGGCCCAUACUAAAGCCUGUGGUUGUACACGACUACAAUAAGUACAUGGGUGGUGUAGAUUUAAAAGAUCAAAUGCUGUCCAUGUACUUAAUGGAGCGAAAAAGGGGGUUGAAAUGGUAUUUAAAAGUCUUCAAACGGCUAUUAAAUGUGAGCAUUUUGAAUAUUUUUAUAAUACAUCGCCAAAACAGCGAUAAGCCCCUCACCCACAGGCGAUAUAGGAUUGAAUUGGCUAAACAGCUCGUGCAUGUGCGCCCAAAUCCACCGAUUCCUAGCAUCAUGAAUCCGCCUGCAGUUUCACGAUUAGAUGGUUUUAACCACUUUCCGAUAUACUCUGAUUCUGUAGAGAAUAGAGUAGAGAACAAAAGAGUGAGAUUUAAAAGAAACCGAUGUGUUCGAUGCUCUUUUAAAAAACUUCGGAAAGAAGUUAACACCAUUUGUCAGAAGUGCCAAAAAUUCCUGUGUAUCGGACAGUGUUGGAUAGAUUAUCACACUGUCGAAAAUCUAUAG